GACUCACACAAGCACCUGUCGUCAGCAAGCUGCUUCUCAUUCCCGCCCCGCUGCCGUCGUCCGUUUCCAUUCCGCGCCCGUGACUGUCCACGGCCUCCGCCGUUCUCCCGCUCCCCUCCCCUCGCGACACUCACGCGACGGCGCCUCUGCCGGAGUCCUUGUCUCGUAGACGACUUCGUCGAACUGCUCGUCGUCCGACAUUGUUUGGUGGAUGGAUGGAAAGAGAGAGCGGGAUGGAUGUCUCGCGAGUUCGGAAGCCCACCGACGGGGCACCACGUGGUCACUGCCGCGCAGUCGGAGUGGCACCGAGAUACGCUACUGCCGCCGGCAAUGGCUUCAAGACCUCCCAACACCAACUAACGAUGCUGCUGCGACGGAGAGCGUCGGAGACGGCUCACACAGCAUUGGAACAGCGUCGACGACGGGCCCGCGCACUCGGAGUAGGCGGGAAAGUGGGCGAAGGUGCGGAUGGCGGGAGAUCUCGCCGGGUAUAGCCGCGCACAUGACCUCCCUCCAACCUCUCUAUUGUUCUCUCUCCGCUCUCUCCACCACAAUGUCCGCCCAUCCGAGCGUGAUCAUCCUCAUCGCCUCUGACGGCGCGUCGCACACCUUCGUCGCCCGCGAGCUGCGCCAUUGGGCGCCCCGCCUCGCCGGGCCGCACGGCUACAUCCGCGAGCUGAGCGACACCUCCAUCGAAGGCACAAAGACGCUCGAAGCCUUCGCGGCCCUCGUGAGCUACGGCACACUGGACUCGCACCACGGCGCCGGCCUUUUUGCUCUCCUCGCCUUCCUGGAGAAAUGGGCGCCGGCGCUCGUCGAUGUCUUUGCCCGUCAAGUCGUGCAUGCCGUCUGGCGCCGCGACCACGCCCUCCACCCCCAGUUGGCCGUCGCGCUGCUCGCCACGGCGGGGAAGGACGAGAUGGUGCGCCAGGUGCUGUUCCUCGCGCCGCUCGAGCUCGGGCUUGGGGACGAGGACGGGGAGAGGCGCGAUGUCUGGGACAGCGUGCCGAGAAAGUACCGCGAGGCCAUUGAGCGGGCGACGGAGGCGGCGAUGGGCGCAACGGACGACGAGAAGCUCGAUACACUGGUCCUCGGGUUCGACGAGUUCUUCAAGACAUAAGAGAGGCUAUAAUGGGGCCAGUUGUAAAUCACAUAGAUGUCGAAGUCGAACAGCAGCAUGUACCUCCUAUCCGUUUGAGAGUUCCGCACCUCUCGUCUUUCCGCCGGCCGCCGAGCAGCUCCAGAGGCGAGACGUGCUGCGUGAGCCGUCUUGGCAACAUGAACAAAGCGAGAUCAAGACAAAGACCAGCAUUUGGGCCCCACGUCACGCUCGGACCU